GUAAUUCGUGCGGUUUUUAUAACGUGAUAAUUCUUUCGAAUAGAAGUAUUAAAUCGAAUAUUGUACAGUAGAGGGCAGUGUGGAAAUACACUUGUCUUGCAACAAUCUGAAGAAGAAGAGAUUCAACGUUCUUGAGCGUCAAAACCCGAUGGAUAAAAGCUAUAAAAACACCUCAUGGCCGAUGCUAAAUAAAUAGGCAUACACCCCGAAUAGUCUUUAGAUUAACUUUGAUCUAUCCAGGCAGAAUAGGGUUACUGGAGUCUAUGUGCUAUAGAACAUUUCUAAUGAGUGGGUUACUGCAGCGGUUGGAUGGCAGCUCGCGCCUGCUGGUCCAGGCUUUAUUUACAGGAGGAGUGAUGCGUGCUCAGAAAGUGCUCGUCAAACAGCGAGCUGCAGACACACACUCCUCUUUACCUGCUUUUCUGGAGGCGUUAUGUCAGGAUGAAGCAUGCUUGGAUGAAGACACCCAUGCACUCACAACUAAGCCACUGGUCUGCCUGUUUUCUGCUACGUUUAAGCGUGACCUGCUGUGUUUUCUGCAUCUUCUCCACCCCGGCUUGCCACGAGAGAGUGUACUGGCUGUGCUCCACUGCCUUUCACAGGACGAGAAUAAAAAUCCAUGGAUGUGUUCCUUAAUCAGUCAGCUUCAUAAAGACCUUGGAGUUGAGGAGUUUAGAAAAGACACACUCCUCACACCGGAAUGCGUAUUGAGCCUGAAAGACCUCUGUAAUUGUUUUAAAGAUUCUCAGGAAAAAGGAAAGUGGGAUCUAUUUCUGAAUGAACAUAAGACUGAUGACAUGUCUACAGAAUAUCAGAUGGAUACAGGACACAAAAAGAGGAAGACUGAGAUCACUGAUCUUCACAUGGAGUCAGAUCUAGAUGAACCACAUUGCAAAAGAAGAAGGACUGACCUUGCAGCCCAAAGUGACCCUAAAGACAGACUAGUGGUUGUAGAUCAGGAGGAAUCUCAUGUUAAAACAGUACAGCGUGACAAGGAGCUGGAAGGAGACUCUUCAGCAAGUCUGCCAGAGCCAGAAGACUGCUUAAGUCUCUUACCAGAUCAUAUAAAGGCAGCUGUUCCUUUGAUAAAAGAAUUGUUGGACUCUGGAACAGAGUGGGAUGAGAAUUGUAUGCCUACACUUAAAGUGCUGAAUGAAUGUAAUGCAAAUCAGCUGGAAGUCUUUUGUACAAUGCUGUGUUUACCUGAAGCACCUGAGCAGAGUUUACCACAUUUCUGUAGUGGUGUGUUGGCUCUGUCCCCAGAUCUCAGCCACAGCACAGCCUCGGCCAUCAUCAAGAGCCUUUUACUCGACAAGGCUCGUUCCCUCACUGAGCCACCCUCCCGCUGCCUGGUCACCGCUGUAACAUCUUUGUGCAAUCGGUACCCGAGACCAACCUGUCAGGCUCUUAUAGAACCUCUCAUAAAGGAAGGAAGGACAGGAAGUGCCCAAGCUGAACUGCUCUGUCGGCUGGUGAAAGACUGCCUCGAACCCCAUCACAGGCUUCUUGUAUUUCAGAUGACACUUGUGGGUUCCUGGAACGAGGGAAUUUUGUCACUCAUCCAUGAUUUGCUGGAUUCAAAGAUUGAGAUGAGUGAAGAGAUUUUUUCGCUUUUCAUCAAUCAGUUAAGUGCUCAGUCUCCGCACUUCACCAAGUCUAUGAAAUUCGCCAAAGUGAUGCUCACUGUUGUGACAAAGUUCCAGUCUCAUGUGAAUGCUGCAUGUCAACACACUCUGUCUUGCUCUAUUUCAUUUAAUGAGACUUUCCUGAAGAAGUCCCUCCAAGCUGCUUUAAAGCGCAUUUGUCAUUAAUCUAUAUAAUGUAGUCUUGUUAAAAUUACAAUAAAUUUUCUAUCAAAUUGUAAUAAGUCUAAAUAAAUGAACAUGUAGCACUGAUGAGCUUUUUCUAAUAAUGUUAAUAUUUCAUUGUUACCAAAUGAAUUUAAAUGAUAAAGUAAUUGUGAUUGAUUUGUAUAUUUUAUGAACGUCUCUUAAUAAAACAGCUGUAUAUUUGUAUUA